AUGGUAGGCACAUUUGCUGAAUCUGGCCCAAGAUACAGUCCUCCUGCCCCAUCUUACCACGCCACUGCACCAGCUCCCUCAGGACCAGCACAGUAUGACUUCAACUAUGCUGUGCAAGAUAACAUCGGAAACGACUUCGGUCACCAAGAAAGCCGGAAUGGAUACGACACUCAGGGUACCUACUACGUCCAGCUCCCCGACGGCCGUCUACAGGAGGUAACCUACAAUGUGAACGGCGACUCCGGCUUCAUAGCUGAUGUUGCUUACCAGGGAGAUGCCCAGUAUCCUGCCCAUCAGCCACCCCUAUCCUACCAAGCUGCUCCUACUCCUGCAUAUGGCUGA